AUGUCUGAUACUCUUUCACUCUUUUCUUUGGCAGGAAAAUAUGCUGCCAUCUCAGGAUGUACGCGAGGUAUUGGUGUUUCCAUGGCGAUGGGAUUAGCUGAAGCGGGUGCAGACGUUUGCUUGUUACAACGUAAUGUGGACGAUGUUCAUGUUCGUGAUGCUAUUCGUGCCCUUGGCCGUCGUGCUGAGAUUAUACACCUGGAUGCAUCCGAUCAGGCGUCUGUUCGAACCGUCGUGGAUCGUAUUCUUCAAGUAUUUCCCACGCUUGAUAUCCUCGUCAACAAUGCAGGCAUGGCCAUUCGACACAAGGCGGUUGAUUUUCCAGAAGAUGAUUUUGAUAAAGUUAUCCAAGUCAAUCUCAAGGCAGUAUGGACCAUGAGUCAAGCAGCUGCACGUCACAUGAUUCCAAAAGGACAAGGCAAGAUCAUUAGUACUGCAAGCGUAUUGAGUUAUCAGGGAGGUAUCUUUGUUCCCUCGUAUUCGGCAUCAAAAGGCGCGGUUGCAACACUCACCAAGGCCAUGGCCAAUGAAUGGGCCAAGCAUGGUAUCAACGUCAAUGCCAUUGCUCCUGGAUACAUUGCAACGGACAUGAACGUGGCUCUAAGAGAAGAUCCAGAGAGAAGCAGACAGCUCUCAGAACGUAUUCCAGCAGGAAGAUGGGGAACACCAGAUGAUUUCAAAGGACCUAUUGUGUAUCUUGCUAGUCGUGCAAGUGACUAUGUACAUGGCGAAAUGACACUUGUGGAUGGUGGAUGGAUGGGUAAGGAUAUAUAG